ACAGGUCCCUGGGUGGGGCAAGCAGUUUGCACUUGCCUAUUAAUCAAAAGGCUGACGGUUUGAACCCACCCAGCAGCACCAUGGGAGAAGGUCCUGGCAAUCUGCUUUUGUAAAAAUUAUAGCUUAGGAAACCCUAGGAAGCAGUUUUAGUCUAUAACACACAAGGUCAUCAUGAGUUGGAAUUGACUAGAUGGCAAGGGGUGGGGGCUCUGAACCAGGGACAUACUGAAGGCAGUGGUGGCUGAUGCAGGGGGCAGGGUGAUAAAAAGAUGGGCUAGAGUCAGAAAGAUUGGCGGUGGCCUCUGUUUCCUAGCUUACAGUGGGAAAGACAUCAGCAUCUCUGCUCCGGUGCCAGGGAGGGCUUGGGGGCUCAGGUGGUGGAUGGGCUUAGAACCUUGAGCCUCUGAUCAGCUUAGGCAUCAGAGCUUUGGCUUCCAGACCAUCUGCUUUAUCUGAAGAUUUUCGGCUGGUGAGGAAGAGCUAGGAGGCUCAAACACCAUCUUGUCUGGGUCCAGCACAAGUAGCUUGGAAGUGCACUCUCCUUCCUGGCAGGAUCAGGUCUCUCUAAGGCAGGAUGGCCCAGGAUCUCAGCGAGAAGGAGCUACUGAAGAUGGAGGUAGAGCAGUUGAAGAAGGAAGUGAGGAACACAAGAGCUCCGAUUUCCAAGACAGGAAAAGAAAUCAAGGAUUUUGUGGAAGCCCAAGCAGGAAAUGAUCCUCUUCUCAAAGGCAUCCCUGAAGACCAGAAUCCCUUCAAGGAGAAAGGCACCUGUGUGAUAAACUGACGGCACUGAGGCCCCUUGCCCUGAACGCCUGUCUCUCCUCAGCCGCACUCCUCACCCAGAGCCAUCCCAGCACAGACCUCCAGGGAACCAGUGACUCUUCACCUUGUUUGCACCUCCUCAGAACCCUGCCACAGACCUCUCAGUCACAGGAGUAAAGACAUCUGGCUGAAUGCAACGUGAAUCUAUUCCCUAAUCUCAUUUUCAACUCUUUUCUCCCAUCUUCUCCUCUACCUGCUGGGUCACUGCUAGCCCCACUUGGAAUCAUUCUUCACUGGCUUAGCAGUUGGCACCAUAUGUGGUGGGGCCUGAAGAGCCUGUGAUACCCUAAGACUCCAGAGGGCAGUCCUGACGAAACACCUACUUCUCUUUAGAAUCAGUCCCAUUUUUUCCCCUCACUCUCUUCCUGGUAAAAACGGUUUCCACAUUAGAGUAGUUUGGAGGCCAGGGCUGCAGGUGGUUGCUUUUCUCCCAUCUCAUGUCCUAUCCUAUGGUCCUUCUCCUAGUUGUUUAGAUCCCCCAGAUGGCCUGAUGACAAAAAGAGUUUGAAAGUCACGACUUCCUGAUUUAUUUAAUAUCACUGGGUGCCUAUUAUGUUCUGGGCACUAGGAAUGGAAGAUUGCACAAGACUAACAGGUUUCUACUCCCAUGGAAUUUAG